AUGGCUCCAAACGACACCUCUCAAGAGCCUGCCGGUGACGCCUCUGCGUCGACGACCUCCUCGUCAACCGCCGUUGCUGCCCCUCCUCCUCCUCCUCCCACCUCUCCUCCUCUUCUCACCUCGACUUCGACGCCUCCUUCCCUAGCCGUCGCCGCCGCUUCUCAACCGUCGUCUCAGCCCACGACCACCGCACCCUCGACGAACCCGACUUCUGCUACGCCUGUGAACGUUCCUGCGAGUCUAUCACCAGCUCACGCGACCCCAACCGCGCCCGAAUCUGACGCAUCCACCCUCGUCAACGCCGUUGCUUCGACCGCCGCUCCAUCUCCUCCUCCUGCCGCCACCGUCUCGACGACCAACGCUGUCUCGACAACCGACGCUGUCCAACAAAACGGCGACGCGAGGUCGUCCUCCUCGCCCGCCAUGUCGCAUGGACAACACCCUACUGGACCUCACCGACCGCCAGGGAGCUAUCCAAGCCCGACUACGUACGGAUCUCCCGCUGGCGCGCCUAUUGGUCCGUACGGAUAUGGUGGUCCUCAGCAGCAGGCUUCAAUCGACCCAUAUCGAGCGAGUCCCGGUGCUCAAGUAUCAUUGCCGAGCGUCAAGAGCUUUGAUGCGUUACAAUCGCAGCCACAACACCAGCCGCCUCCGCCGCCGCCACCACCACAACAACAGCAACAUCACCAGCACUCUCACCAGCAUGGCUCGCCUCAUGCGCCGCCACAACCCAUGAACAUGCCCAUGUCCAUGGGGCAUCCCCAGGGCAUGCCGUACUAUAACCACAUGUCAAUGGCUCCGAACCCUUACCAAUUGCCUUCCGACAACAUAAGAUAUGCCAUCCCCCCGCACGACAUGCGGUACGGGGGCGGUCCCCGUGGACCAAAGAAGUGCGAUGAAGCCCAGCCGACAUGCAACAACUGCAAAAAGUCCAAGCGCGACUGCGCCGGAUACGACCCCAUCUUCAAACAACAACCUGGACCUUCAAACAUUCAGCCGGCCCUCAACAGUCACCACCAAUCCCCCGUUUCAACGCCAACCGUUCCUUCGUCACUACCCCCUGCACCACUGCAGCCUUCCAACCCAUAUGGUUCGCAGCCUUCGGUCCUGCCGAGCUCCUACGGCCCUCCCCCAUCGGCCAGCACCCACUUCGACUCAGCCCUGAAUUCUCCCGCCUCGGCCAAAGCGGACGGUUACGGAACGGCCAUUGAUCCUGCGCUGCAGAACCUGCCCAUGCUCGCAUCAACACCAAACUUUGCUUCCGGCCAGCAAUCCGCGACCGGCGGCAACCUGACCUUGAGAGCCAAAAAGAUGAAGAUUGAACAAAUCCUGGACCUCCUGGGCCCCGCACCAUCACCUCCUUCCGAGGGAGACGGCCAGGUUACACCAGAGGUGGCCAAGGAAAUCACCCGCGUCUACCAUGAAGUGUACGCUUUUGGACUCGAUUCCUUCUUCGAGACGCGCUGGUUCGGCUGCAUGAUGACGGACCCAUCAACCCUAAAUCUCUACCGUGACUUACGUGGUGCGCGGGACGUCUUUGCUGCCUUUCUCAAGUGUAUCGAAAAGACACAUGUCAACGACCGCGCCAGCUUGAACGCGUCAGGCGUUCUCGAGACGCGUCUUACCUGGACACUGGCAACUCUUCCCUUGGCUGUGGUCCCGCCGAGCCUCUCCAAGGCGGGACCGCAUGACCCUCUUCCGCCACCAACCGAUCCCGUCGAGAUUCGCAACCGGGUCUUUGUUGUCGACGUUCUCCUCCGUGGCGAUUUCAUGAUGUCGGCCAACCCCUUGACGGCGCCUCGAGCCGACAGCGACACGAACCGCGUGCGGGAAUAUGAAUUCUGGUACAACCUGGCGCACUUCCUCUGCCUACCCGACACGACGUAUGAGAGCAAGCACGAUGAGCGAGAGACGGCUCUGAAUCGAAUCAGGACCCUCCUAGACGGUCAGGAGAACCGCGACCUCUUGUACUCGAUUGCGAUUGCGCGUGAGCUGGCGCCGAGACUCGAUCCUGGGUACGAGACAUCGAUCCCGCAGCAGGCCGAUGAAUCCGAACCGAAGAACCGACUGUUUGUUGCCAGCAACUUCAUCCGCAGGGAGGCGCAGGUGUCUGGGGGCACGACAAACGUUGUGCGUCGCUUCAGCGAGAUUGCCAUUCAGUCCUUUAUCAACCCCGGCGUCAACAUCGGACGACUCAAUAACACGGGCGUGCUGAAGCAGUCGUGGGAGGAGUAG